AUGUCGACGUUGAGUGUAAGGGCGCCCGGCCUGCAAUCCACCACAGUGCUAGACACCAGAGCACUGCGGUUACGCGGUGUGACCGCGCUGGAAGGCGUUAGAAGGAACUUAUUUGGGUGUACAGAUAGAGAAGAGAAUAGAAGGUUUGUUGAGAGGGAGUUGGCACGGCAGCUGGAGCUAGAUAGCCAGAGAUGGGGAUUUGACUUUGCCAAUGAAAAACCAUUAUCUACGUCGCAGAGAUUUGCUUGGCAACUAGUUCCCGCGUCUGCUGUGCCUGCAGCUUUGCGAAGGUCGCCAAUUACGAUUACGCACACUCCCAAACCAAAUACUUCAUCACAGGAAGCGAAAGUUUCAAGUCCUGAGAGCAGCAAAUCGCAAAAGAGAAUAACAGAUUUCCUGAAACCGCGCAAACGGUUAUCGUCCAGCGGUAAGAAAUCUCCAGGUCAUGCACACAAGCAUGAGUGCGGGCAUGGAGCGCACAUCCGCCCGCCCAAAGUCGCGAGACUUGCGCCGGCGCACCUCAAACGCACGAGCUAG